AUGGAAGCUCUGAGUUUCCUCAGCGGUGGCGGCAUUGCCAGCAGUGCCAAGUACUUUGAAAUCAGAUUGGACGAUCAAUAUGUGGUUUUCCGCGGCGGUGAGCAUGAGGCUGCAAGCGCUCAUUUGCGUGGCACACUAGUGCUCUGUCUGUCAGAGCCACUCACCAUCAAGCACCUCAAAUUGACCCUCACGGGCAUGUCGCGCGUUUGCUGGCAUCUCCCCGCUAGUGCAACUGCAGGUGGCCGCAAACCCUACAAGGAAAAAGUCUUCUUCGAGAAGGAAUGGAAGUUUCGCGAUGCCGGAAAGGGCAAAACAGAGACUCUCCCUGCCGAUAACUACGAAUUCCCUUUUGACGUCAUCCUCGAGGGGUCUCUGCCGGAGAGCGUUGAGGGGCUGCACGAUACCUGGGUUACAUAUCGUUUCAAAGCCGAGAUUGGCAGGAAAUAUGCACGUGACAUCAUUAUUCGAAAGCCCGUGCGCAUCGUGCGGACGUUGGAUCCCAGCGCUCUUGAGCUAGCGCAUGCGAUGUCUGUCGAGAAUAUUUGGCCCAACAAGAUUGAGUAUUCCAUCAGUACUCCCACCAAAGCUGUCAUUUUCGGCGCAUCGGUGCGCAUUGACUUUCGUCUGGUCCCUCUUUUAAAGGGCCUGAAGAUCGGAUGCAUUACCUCGCAACUCAUUGAGACGCAUGAGCUUACGAUGAAUCCGGAUGACCCAGUGUCCGUGCACAAUACUUACAAAUCAACGCGGACAAUCAAGACUGACGAUUACGAACUGAACGAGGAAGAGCAGCUCGAGAUCCUCGACGAGACAGUCGAAGGCUUCCAAUUUUCGCGAUCGUUGGAACUCCCCCAGUCAUUAUCGCGCUGUCUUCAGGAUGCUGAUGUGAAGGGCAUCAAAAUUCGUCACAAGCUAAAAUUCCGCAUACAGCUGCACAACCCUGAUGGGCACACUAGCGAGUUGCGUGCCACGCUUCCCGUCUCAGUUCUAAUCUCGCCAAACUUGAGGAUCGACGACAACAACAUCCUGGUCGAGGAGACUGCUAUCUCACGUCAAAGGGCCGUGGACGAUUUGACGCAUCAAGCACCCCCUCUUUAUGGGGAACACCAGUUUGACCGUUUGUACAGUGAGGUCGACGUGAGUGGAUAUCGCACACCUGGGCCGAUCAGUGGUUCUGUUACUCCGUUUGGGGCGUUGAGCCGGAAUAUAUCAUCCGAAGAUCUUCCUUCUUUGGAAGCCAUAACGAACGGAGACAUAUCCGCCUCGGCGCUGCAUAGCCGACUUCGGGAUCUCCAUGCCACUCAUGGUAGUCAAGUCGCAUCUCCAGGGCUCGAUGCAGAUCAUGGUUCAGCGCCACAUAACCACUCGUCAGACUACUUUAGCUUUGGCGGCCGACAUUCCGGCGUCAACUCUCACUCGCAUAGCCCUGAAGCAGGAUCUCGUCGGGCUUCGGAUGAACACGAACGCGACUACCUUGAUUCUGGGCUGCCGUCCGGCAUGGCUACACCGCAUCAUCCCCAGUCGAUGGAAGUCGAGACUCUGAGUCGUGUCCCGAGCUAUUCUACCGCCAUUCGUUCGAACGUUCGGACGCAAUACGACAAUGGCCUCCCGGGCUACGAUUCCGUGAUCUCAAUUUCGUCGCCGCGUCCGCCGCCUCUGCCGCAACAGGCGCAUCUCCGCUUCAGCGGCACUGCAUCACCUACGCGGAUGUCACCGCUCCAUGAGACGCUUCACCCUCCACUGUACGGCCAGCAUAAUCUUGCCAACGGAUUGCACAAUGAUCUUGAGCGGCAACUUCGAAUUUCGCAAGCUCGUGUUGAUAUGUAA